CGGGACACACACCUGCCGCUCCUUUCGAUACGUUUCAUUUUGCUGGAAUUGAACUCUGCCCUUCAUUAUGAGCCACUUUUCCCCAUAGGACUACGUGAUCAUGUUGUUUCGUCUGUUCGUACUCCUCCACCUGCUGACCUGUGGAGAUCUGGCCUGUACCAGGAGGCUGCUCUCCACACAGGAGGAAUCACAAGACCAAGAAGUGUUUGUAGAUGAGGGGGACGCAAAUUCGUUCCUGGGUCGCCAUCUGCUGUUCAACCGGUUUGACUUUGAGAUGUUUGUUCCCGGCAACUUGGAGAGGGAGUGCUAUGAAGAAGUCUGCAAUUAUGAGGAAGCCAGGGAGGUCUUCGAGAACGUCCCAGCCACAAAUGUUUUUUGGAAGGAAUACACUGCAGAUAAGAACAAAGGCCCCUCACGGGUCGAUGUGACGUCUCUUCUGGUGGGACUCAUUGCUGCCGGAGUGGCCAUCGUUGUCAUUGGGCUCCUGGUGUGGUAUUUCUGUCAAGGCAAAUGCAAGGACAAUUUGAGCCGUGGGAGUUCCAUUCGGGUGCGUCCGAGGAGGAGCAACGCCUCUCUAAUAAUACGGCGGCUGGAGGAGGUCUCCCUACAGCCGAUCAACCCUCCAGCAGGCCCGCCUUCUGCGGACGAACUCGACCCUCCGGGGCUGCCGUCCUACGAACAGGCAAUCGCGAGAACUGGACCGCAUGACGCCCCACCUCCUCCUUAUCCUGGCUCACGGAGUGGAACCAUGCGGCGGUAGUAUCUUCACGACAGCUUGUGUCUCUCAAUGUUUGGCAGACACUUUACAGACAGCCUCUACACUGUGCUAUCAUAGUGUAUCACAUUUUCCAUCUUUUUAAGGUUUAAAAUAGGGCCUUAUGUCUGCUGUUUAUAGCCCAAAUGAAGCUCUUAUUUUCCCCUUUAGGUGUUUUAAAUAGUUUCUGUUGGUAAUAUUUUUCCUAAAUAUGAUCUUAAAUAUUUUUAAACUCUGCCUUCUUGACCUGCUUUUGCCAAAAAAAUAUAUCUCUCAUGUGUCUCAGGUGUGAUUGUGCUUUGUCAUGUAACCCCAACAUUAUGCUGAAUAAGCUUUUUUUUUUUAAAUGUAAGUGAAAAUGAAGAAUCCACAAUGUGUUGGAGUACGAGCUUUAAGUUGCUGUAAUACUUGGGGCCCUUAAGGAGCAGCUGCUUCCCACACAGCGUGUAUUGUCAGAGUGAGAGCAUGAUCAGUCAGUGUUUCAUUACACAGUAAGUAUUAAUUGUAACCGCAGAGAGACUUUCUAUCAGAAACCACAAAACUGUUGGCGUUUGCAUGAUGUCGCCCUAAAGGAGAUGCUUUUUGCAAAUGCGCAGCGGUUUUAAGGGAAUUAUCUUCCAGCUUGCUUUGCUAGGAUUCACUGUGUAUUUUCUCAUUAUUAUCAUUUUACCUUUUAUUUUGUUAAAAUGUCAGAAAGUGUACGAAUAUUCUACCAACUAAUGAGAAUGCUCUUGCUUUAGCUCUUAUUAUAAUUUCAACUUGUAAUGAAUUAUUAAUUGCUCUACAUGAGUAGCGUAACAGAGUUUGUAUUUAUGCAGAAGAACAUUUUACAGUACGAGAAAUUCAUAGCUGUGAAAACAACAGUAAAAAAAAAAAGAUUUUCGAAGCUGUUAAAGAAGCAGCAGCAGCAGUUUGGCCAAAACCAAGUCAUUUCCUUAACUGUAGUUUGAAGAAGCAUCUCAUUGUCAUUACAGCAAUAUAAGUUAAUAAGUUAUUAUGUCCCUGCAAAUGACUGUAUGUCAUGUCCAGCCUCACUUCAUGUUUUUUUUCCCCAGCAUGCACUGCAGACUAACCAAUAAGCUUCGUAAUGACAUGAUGAGAAUUUGUGGAGGGCUAGCUUUGUUGAAGCUGAUCAGAAGCAGAACUACUUGAAAUGCAAAUCUUUUAUAGUUGUUUUAAAUAAAACAGAUAUUUUAAUUAUU